GCUCUCUCUCUGUCCUCUCUCCUGUUCCUCCCUGAGUUUCUCUCACAGCGGUUAACGUGGACCAUCGUAGUAACUAUCUCACUACCGAGAGAACAGAGGAAUAGUUGGAGGAGGAAUAGUUGGAGGAGGAAUAGGGUGAUACCACAGGAGUGAAGACUGGACAGACGUGUGUUUUGUGUGUAUGUUUGCGUGGGUGCAUGUGUGUGUGUCAGAGAGAGAUGGCUCAUGCAUCGAUUCCCACCUGGAUCUAUAUACUUCUGUGGAUCAGCACAUCAACCCAGACCACAGUCCCAGACACCCAUGUGACCUGCGUGUUCUCAGAGGAGUGCGUGCUGCCCUGCCAAUUCCAGCCGCACGGCGGCGAGGUCAUCCACUGGCUGAGACAGGAAGUGCCGGUCCAUAGCUUCGAGCGCGGCGAGCAGCGGACGGAGCACCGGCAGUAUGCCGGCCGCACCUCCCUCUCUGUGCACCUGGUCGCCCGCGGCGAUGCGUCGUUGCACCUGAGGGGGUGUGGCCCCAGGGACCGUGGCAGGUACGAGUGUCAAGUCCACAACUCGACGGAGGUGCACGAGGCCCACGUCAUCGUCAGGGUGGAGGCUCCCAUCCAGGCCUUGUCUGUUGAGCUGUACAGGUUGAGUGGCUAUGAGGAGAUGAAAUGCACCACAAGAGACGUCUAUCCCGCCCCUCAUGUUUCCUGGGCAACUGACCCGCCCGCCGCCAGACCUCUUCGGCCAAUCACGCGUAAAAUAUCCGACCGAAAGGGGCUUUAUGUAGUGGAUAGCCGGCUAAGGAAGUUGCAGAGCCAAUCAGAGAUCACCUACAUCUGUACUGUCAACUCCUCCUAUGGAACACAGGCCUGGACCGCUUCUGUCAGAGAGAGAGAGAUCAGAGGGGAAGAAGGCAAGGAUCUGACCAUUCCAUGCAAGGCCCCGCCCCACCUACAUCACGCCUCCCUCUCCUGGAGUUUCACCAACCACAGCGAACCAGCUCUAAUCCUAACCUAUGACAGCCGAUCACGGCACACCUCUGCCCUCAUGCCCUGGGAGGGCCGCAUGCACCUGGACCCCCUCAGGGUGUCUCUGGGAGACGGUUCACUGCGGUUGGUAAAACCAGAGAGCCGGGAACACACCGGGGUUUAUACCUGCGUUUACGCUGCCCCCCAGAUGACACACACUGAGAAUACCGGCGUCAAAAUAAUCUCCGCUGGAACAGGUGAGCGCAUGCUUCUUCAAGACUCCCCUCGGUGGUGGACUGUUGCCGUGGUGAUAGCAGCUCUGGCUCUCGCCCUGACAGGAAUUCUGAUCUUCCUGAAAGUCAGAGGUGACCAGUCCCAGGCCAGUGAGAGACCAGAGGACAUCAGUGAGAUGCAUCCAGUUAAAGUAAGCAAGAGAGGUUCGUGUGAGAGCAAUCCCCUCACCACAGAAGAGACCAAUGGACAAAGUCAGCCCACACAGCUAGUCUACACAGAACUCAACAGAGCUAGCCCACACAGCUAGUCUACACAGAACUCAACAGAGCUAGCCCACACAGCUAGUCUACACAGAACUCAACAGAGCUGGGCCACACAGCUAGUGUGCACAGAACUCAACAGAGCUAGCCCACACAGCUAAUCUACACAGAACUCAACAGAGCUAGCCCACACAGCUAGCCUACACAGAACCCAACAGAGCUAGCCCACACAGCUAGUCUACACAGAACUCAACAGAGCUAGCCCACACAGCUAGUCUACACAGAACUCAACAGAGCUAGCCCACACAGCUAGUCUACACAGAACUCAACAGAGCUGGGCCACACAAUUAGUUUGCCCUGUGUUUUGCCCACACAACAAGCCAGGCAAACCAGUGGCUAAUCCAACAUGGAUAAUACAUAGCAAAACCUGAAUAGCCCUCUAACAUAUCUCAAGCCUCUAACAGCUUGUCCACAACCAGCUCAGCAACACCAGAGAACUGAAGUGACCCAAAGAAAAUGGAUUCCCAGGAAGCGACGGACCUACAUAGGUAGAUGGAGCCACAGUAUAUUGAUCAGACUACUCUGAGAAGUAAUGGGCUACAGCAGAACUAAUCCAAACCAGCCUUAAAUAAACUCACAAAGUAAAUAAUUGAGAAGUGCUUCCGUAUCUAAUUGUUCUGUUGAUAAUCUGUUAGUUUGAUGCCCUUCUGGGCCGGGGAAAUACUCUACCUGUCACACUGUAAUUGCUGUUAUUGUCUGUACAGCCAGGUCAUCUGACACUGUCGACAGAACUGUAGCCUCUAGUCAUUUCUGACAUAUCAUGGUUCACAAUGGCCCCCAUGUUUAUUAGCUACCUUGGUGAAGGUGAGCAAAAAAGGCUGUGAAAAUAUCAUGACAUUUGUUUAUGAGCAACACUUACACUAAAGUAUGUGGGUAAAAUUGUUCAA